AUGUUGUUUCUCUUUGCAGGUGAGGACUCCAUCAGCACCUUGGGCCUGAUCCUCGGUGUGGGGCUAUCGCUGCUGCUUGUUUCCAUCCUCGGCUACAGUCUGGCUAAGUGGUACCAGCGUGGGUACUGUUGGGAGGGGCCUAAUUUUGUCUUCAACUUGUACCAGAUCCGGAACUCGAAGGAACUGGAGAUAGGUCCACCCUUCACCAUCAGUGGCCGCAUCAGCAGUUCAGAUGGCGGCUACAUGAAAUUUUCCAAUAGGCUAGUGUGA